UUGAAGGGGAAUUCCCAAAAUUGUCCUGAGUUGUCCCAAACACUGCAACGAGUACCAUCCGUUUCUCUUUAAACUAGUCAAAGUGUGACACCUAUAGGGUAUAGUCUUGCCACUCUGAAACCCUCAAACAAAUUCAUACCGAACUCUGGAACAGAACACCGAAAGAUUUUACCCAUAUGACAAGAUGUCCGACAACCUGAACCGUGUGUUUUUAUGGUGCGUGCCUCGCACGGUGUCCACAGCCUUUUUGAAGUGUAUCAGCUUUGUCGAAGGCCUACAAGUUGUAAACGAGCCUUACCAGUGCGCCUUCCAUUCGGGUCCGGAGAGGAAAAGUCCACAGUUGGAUUUAAGUUCCCCGGUAGAGAAACGCUUGGCGGAAAUACUUGACCACACUUCUGCCGAUGGGGACGUCCGUUGUUUCGAUGAGAAAGACUGUACAUAUGGCUGGAUACGAGACGAACUUCUCGAGGCUUAUCACCCAUGCAAAAAGAUACUCUUCUGCAAAGACAUGGCUUUUUACCUCGAUGCUAAAUACCACAUGCUACCUAAAGGUUUCCGGCACAGCUUUCUGAUCCGACACCCGGCCAAGGUUUUCCUGUCUUGGCGAAUGUCGCUGCUGAAAACGUUUGGUGAACCCUGCGCAAAACACAUGGGCAACUUGCAAGAACUGCCGGAAUGCGUGUUUCCUGCAGGUUGUGGAUUCAAGGAGCAAUAUGACUUGUUGGAGUACGUAGAGAGGCACCUGGACAAGGAGCCAGUUAUUCUUGACAUUGAUGACCUCCUCAGUGAUCCACCUAACAUCUUGUCGGCUUACUGUCACAAGAUGGACAUUCCAUACAGUCCAGGUCUGCUCUCUUGGCAAGCUGGAGGAGCCAUCGCGGACACAUGGAUUGCAUCCAAGGCCAUGGUCAAUGCCAACAAAAUUGGAGGCUUUUACGACGACGCUCUUCAAAGCACGAUGUUCCGGUCUCCAGAACCCCCUCCAGUAAUCGAGAAUCUUCCCGUUGAUGUUCAGGCUUGUGUGAAAGCGUCCAUGGAGUAUUAUGAAAAGCUCCACUCAAGGCGCAUCAAGCCUUCGUCACCAUGAAACACUGGAUUGCUCAAAUCGAAAUGAUUAAUUCCUAAAAACUCCUGCUACCAAAAUGAAGCUGUUGGCACCAGCAGACAGAGCCUUUGUCAAGCUGUACAUCCAUAGAUUUUAAGGACAUCUCCUCGCUUGUCUUCCUUUUAAUCUUUUCUCACUCAAAUCAGUGUUGUGAACGUCAUGUCCAAUGUGUUCUACCACGAGUAGCCGUUGUAAAAAGUUACUUUUCCGUCAACAUUAAGUUAAAACAACUUAGAUCUCAAUUUUAGCACUUUUGCAUUCUCCUUUGACAUAUUCCAAUUUUUAUAUUGAAUCCAUUAAAGAUAUUUUGUCUAUUAUAAGAAAAGUAUUUUAAGAAAUGUUCGUGAUACUCAAACUUCCUUGUGCGACUUUUUCAAAUAUGCAUAAAUCAAUAUGACUCUACUUGCAUAUAAUUACACAUGUCAAAUUUUAUAUCGCACAAUCAGCCGCAACGAAUCUAGAUAACCUGUACAAUGCAUCUACAACUUAGAAACAGUUUUCGGAUAUUAGAUAUAUGCGUUUGGUGAAGAUGCGAGUCCCUCAGGCUUGUCACUUAUUCCGAUAUUACAUACAAAGAUGUCUUCCUACAGUUCAGCUUUGUUUGAAACUAUGGCAAUAUGUCAAACGCCAUGCAAGAAGUCUUCUGAAAUUUUGACUGCGUGUAUGAUAUUUUUUUUGUUUUGCGGGUGUGGGGCGCAAUGUUGGGGGAGGAGGGGUGAAAAAAAAAACACCGUGAGCAUAAAAAACGACAGAGGUUGUUCAGUUUGAAAUUUAGUAAUCUUGGGAUUUAUUAAUUUAUUAAUCACUUGAAUGCGAUACUGGCAAAAUAUAACCUGAAGGCAUUAAAGAUCACGGGAUUAAAGCCUGAGCCUCCAGGGUUCAUGCUUCAAACACUUAAAGAUCUUCCAGAGUGAGCAUAGUUAUGCUGAUGUGAUAACACUAUAGCAGACACCAUAAAUGUUACUCCCUGAUGCACUAGAUUUAUGGGGAAAGACGAUGUGCAGAAUACCCCUCAUCCUUGCCACGGGCUGAUAACAGAAUGAGUGCACUGCAAUGUUUACCAAAGAUGUGGAGCAGGGAACGAUCAAAUGCUACUCAUUAUAAUAAUGCACAACGACAGGCCCAGGAGAUAUCCGGGAACACUCUAGAUACACGUGUCUGCAGUAUAUACGCGCUAUUCUCUAACAAGCUCGGGAUAAAAGGACAGUGUACAACAGGUUGCCUGCGUAACGAUAGUACUGAAAAUCGCCAACACAGUUCACCUCUUACGAUGGCUGCCGCUAACAAUCAAUUAUAUCGCGUUUGUCGAGUGUGCCGAGAACGGCAUCAAACCCCUUCCUUAACCCUAAUAACAUAGCCGAGGGCGGAAUGCGCCCCUCCGCCUCGACAUUUUUCCCCAAUAUAUACGCUGUGCAUUUUUUUUUCGUUUUAUAUUCGCCACCGGUGUUCCCGUCCUGAUACAAUGUCAUACUGGAGAGUUUGGUUGAACUAGUAUGUGCGCGCCAUCUCAAGGAACAUAUCGAACUAUUUCGUCUCCGUAAAAGGCAGAUUUGAGGAGUCGUACAACUUGGUAACCGAACCUAGACCCGGAACUUGUCCUCCGUGAAGCAGACAAUCUAGGUGAUCUGCUCGACAUCUUGGCAUGAGAUAGGCAUCUAGCACCGCCCAAAGCUACCAUCUUGGGAGGCAGGGAAGUGGUCACCGAAACGUGGACGCCGUGGAAAACCCUGAUGUAUGCCAACCAGUCUGGAGGGUUCUUCAGACUCGGAGGGACCCUAUAUACGAGCACGGAGUUCCGUCGACCUACACUUAUUCCGUCAGUCGAAAUAAGUUUUUCUCACGGUCGUCCAAGCACGUGUGGGGGGUUCAAUGGAGUACUACGAAAAGCUGUAUGAUAGGCACAUCAGGCCCAAAUAUCAAAUUGACUUAGACAUGUUGGAUAACACAUCAGAACUGAUUUAUUUUUUGACAAAUUUGCGUUUUGGUGAAUGAACAACAGUGUUUGGCAAGCAAUGGUUAAAACUGGGACGUAUAACUUCAAGAUAUGUUGACGUUCAGACAUUCAUUUCUCUCUGUAUCUGCUCAGACGUUUCCACAGGCCUUUUUCUAAAACCCAGCAGGACAAUAAUUAUUUCAAAAGAGGGUUCCUUCGGUCACCUGCUCGGACCCCAACUAUUUUUAGUCCCACCAUUUGAUCCAUUCCUAUAAAAUGUACACUUUAACAGAAAACGUGGGCAUUAUGUUGACGCAUUACAGACAGCGUAGUUGACAGUCACUCAGUGACAUCAGUAUGAGACUUAAUCCUAUCCAGCAAAGAUUAAAAAGAACAGUCAUCGGUUUUGCAUUAUAGUUGCCUGUUGAAGAUACAAUGGAAUUUUGGGGGGAAAAUAUUAUGGUCUUUUUGACACAAGGUUAUUUUUCUUUUUCAGUCUGUAAAGUACGACUUUUGAACAAAUAACCCAUUUACAAAAGAUCAUGCACGUUCAAUACAUAAAGCGAGUACCAACACACAGUCGUAUCAUUCAAUGGUUGCAUUUGCACUAGUAUGGAAGACUAUCAAGUGGACGACGAUAAAAAUCCGAUAACGCUCAUAAUUCUGAGGGUCAAAGUACAUUAUUUCCAAUACAGACUGCUGAAUGAAACUUGUGGAACAACUGAAUAUGGGCAAAUGCCGAAAGGCUACCAGUGCCGUCCAUGUCGGUUUCAACCCAUCGUACAGUUCUAUACCUUCCUGGUCACGACAUUCAGCGCCGGUAUAUGGCAAUUCGUAAUCAAGACUGAUUUAGCAUGUUGUCUUUUCUGACGUUUUAUUUGAGGGGGGGGGCGCUGUGACUGAGCUGUGCGCCGAUUAAACACAGCCGAGAAUCAUUGAAUUACUGUUUGAAGUUGAUUUUUAAAUGGAAAACAAACUGAAUUUACACAAAAUCACUAGACACUUGCAUUGAAUGAGCCUUUUCAGCACUGUGGAUAAAGAGUAAUAAAGAGUCUUGAAAAGAACAAAACUUGAUAAUGUUUUGUCUUCUAAAUGCAUGUUUAGACCCACUGU